GAACGGACUAUUUCGACGUUUUAUUAAGGCACCCUUCUACUCCUCUUCUUCACGAAAAAUUCUACCGUUCCUUCUUUACACACUCUCUUUCUUGAAAUCUCAAAGAAACCCUAAUCUACCUUAUCCAUGAAUUUCCACUCCCUCGCCCGGAGGGAUUUGCAGUUCCUCUGCAAGAAGAACCGCAUACCUGCCAACUUGACCAACGUCGCCAUGGCCAAAGCCCUCGAAGCUCUCAAAACCGUUGAGGGGAUAGAGGAGAUGCAAGAAGCCCUUGGAAUCCGAUCUUCCAAGGUAAACUCGCCGGAGCUUCCUCACAUUGGCAAGAAAAUCUUUACACGUGGAGUCACACAUGGAGAUGAACCUAAGACCCAGCAGCAGCAGGAACCGAGUCCCAUGCCCCGAUCACACCGCGUGACCGUUAAAACCCUAGAGGUUAAAAAAAUGGCAUCAAACGAAGAGGAGGUCCAAGAAAACCUUGGAUUCCAAUCUCUGAAUGUAAAGUCGCCGGAGCUUCCUCAUACAGCUCGGCGGACCUCUGCGAGCAAAGCCGCCCAUCGCGAAAAGCCUAGCCCGCUGCAUAGAUCCUGUCUGAAAUUGUCUAUUGCUUUGGAGGAGGAAGGGGAGAAGAAAAAAGUUCCACAGAUUUUACCCAAAACUCCGGCAACAAGAAAAGCAGCGAGAGGAGUAGAUGCUCAGAGCUCGAGGAGAAUGGUUAAGAAGAAUGAGGAGGUCCAAGAAAACCUUGGAUUCCAAUCUCUUAAUGUAAAGUCGCCGGAGCUUCCUCAUACGGCUCGACGGACCUCUGCGCGCAGAGCCGCCCAUCGCGAAAAUCCUAGCCCGCUGCAUAGAUCCUGUCUGAAAUUGUCUAUUGCUUUGGAGGAGGAAGGGGAGAAGAAAAAAGUUCCACAGAUUUUACCCAAAACUCCGGCAAAAAGAAAAGCAGCAAGAGCAGUAGAAGCUCAGAGCUCGAGGAGACUGGUUAAGAAGAAUGAGGAUGUUGAAUGUCAUACUAAAACCCCAAAGGAAGUUGAAGCGAAGGGACAGAAAGCCAUUGGUGUGGUUGCUCGCCGAAGCACCAGAUUGUCUUCAAGAAAGGCAUUGGAAGAGUCUGUCACUGCUCAAUCUAAGAGUAAAAGCAGCAGCAGGAAGAAUUCAGCUGUCAAGAUGGAGGCUUUUGCUAAAGAGGAUGCAGGGGAAGUGAAGAAAGAUCUUGUUAAGUAUGGCGAAGUUGAAAAUGAGUGCGAGGCCAGAUAUGAAAAUGUGCACGAGAUCCAACAGGAGAAGGGAAGGCUGCAUCCUUUAUCCAACAGGGUGAACACGAAAGCUCUGGAGGCUACAAUUGAAGAGAAAGUUACAAUUGUAGAUUUAAUUGAAGAGAAAGCUGGGGAAAAAGAAAAGGAAGAAGAUAAGAGAGAUCUUGCUGAGAAAAGCGAUUCGUGUGCUGUUGCACUUGUUGAGGCAAACAAAGAACAGGAUAAAAAAGAAGAAAGCCAUGGCUAUUGUUCUUUAAGUGAAGUAAAAAAUGGCGAUUCCAUUUCUCCACUAGCUGAGGAAGUCAAAGAGAAUAAUGAAGAAGUGGAAAACCUUUGCUUUUCAUCUUCUACUCAAGUUGAGUACUCUAAUAUUGAAGUCGAAAAUGGCGAUUCAACUGUUGCACUUGUAGAGGGAGACGAAAAGAAUGAUGAAAAACUACAAAUCCAGAUCUCUUCCUUUUCAAUUGAAAUGAAGGACUCGAAUGUCGAGACAGAAAGCGGCGUCUUCAAUGUUGUUCAUGUUGAGGAAGAAGGAAGAAACGAUCAAGAAGAAAGCCAUGAACUUUCUUCUCUUUGUGUAGACAACUCAAUAGAACAUUGCAAUGAUCAGUCGCCUGAAAAUGAUCUUGUGGACAAUUCCAGUAACAUAGUGCCAACAAAUGAAGCUGUGGAGGAUUCCUGUGCUGUUACUCUUAUUGAGACUAACAAAAAAGACAAUAAAAAAGAGGAAAGCCAUUGCUAUUCUUCUUCAAGCGAAGUAAAAAAUGACGAUUCCAUUGCUCCACUAGUUGAGGAAGUCGAAAUGAACAAUCCAGAAGUGGAAAACCUUUGCUUUUCAUCUUCUACUCAAGUUGACUGGAUUAUUGAAGUCGGAAAUGGCAAUUCAACUGUUGCACUUGUAGAGGGAGACGAAAAGUACAAUCCAGAACUAGAAAUCCAGGACUCGAAUGUCGAGACAGAAAGUGACGUCUUCAAUGUUGUUCAUGUUGAGGGAGAAGGAAGAAACGAUCAAGAAGAAAUCCGUGAACUCUCUUCUUUUCGUAUUGUGGACGAUUCCAGUAACAUAGUUCCAACAAAUGAGGCUGUGGAAGAUUCUGUCGACAAUUCUUCCCAGGCCAAAUUGGCAAGUUCUGCACUUUCAGACAACUUGCUUUGCAUUAAGGUGACUCCAUUUCCGCAUGAAGAAGCUAACGAAACAUCCAGUGGAAUUGACGAGGAAGCAAGAAAGCUUAGACCCCUCUUCACCCAGAUGACUCUGAAAGAAGCAAAACUAAUUAUUUCUGAGAACAUUGAUUCUAUAACUAAUCCAGGCGAUGAUGUCUCCACCACCGAGGCCAGCGGAGAAAUCCCUGGAGAAGUUAUGGAAUCCGGAGGCGUUCUCAUCAGCGAAGUUUCUGUUGCAAUUGGAGAAACAAUCGACGAUGACCUCUCAAACGCAGGAGCACUCAGUGCCAUUGAUUCCGCUGAUGCACAAGGUACCUCCUUUGAGUCUCGAAUUCCAGUUUCUUCUAUUGAACUCUGCGCCGAGAUCUCAGCCGCAGAUUCUACAAUCGAAUGGCCAGAUAAAAACGCAAAUGAAUUACCAGUUGUAAUUAAGGAAUCAUUUGAGGAUAGCAUUACGGACUCCAGUGAACUCACCGCUAACGGCUUUGUUGAUGGGCGGCAGAAAGACGAAACUCUGAAAGACAACUUUUUUGAGCUGCCGAGUCCUGUUUCUUCUGCCGAACUCUGCUCUGACUUCUUAACAGUAGAUUCUACCAUCGAAUCACGUAGAGUCGAUCAUCAUAGUGAAAACCUUCAAGAAUCUGUUGAAGAUGAUUACCUCCACAAACUCGCCGAUAACGAGUCCUUUAAAAUUUCGCAGAAAACAGAGAAUUACCAAAGUGGCUCUCUUAAGCUGCUGAAUCCUGUUUCCUGUACUGAACCCUGCUUCAAGCUCUCAACAGUAGAUUCCGACAUUGAUUUCAAGGAGUUCUUUGGGAAUAUAUCAAGUGAAAUCUCUGGCUCAAUUGACGAAUCUGUUAAAGCUGGCUUCUCCGACGAAAUCACUUACGAAAAAUCUGUAUAUGCGGAAACUUCUCAGGAUGCCUCUUCUGAACCGCAGAUUCCUGUUCCUUCCCCUGCUGAAAUAUGCGUUGAGUUCUCAUCAAGUGAAAUCUCUGGCUCAAUUGACGAAUCUGUUGUAGCUGGCCUCCAGAAGUACGACGAAAUCACUUAUGAAAAAUCUGUAUAUGCGGAAAUUUCUCAGGAUGCCUCUUCUGAACCGCAGAUUCCUGUUCCUUCCCCUGCUGAAUUAUGCGUUGAGUUCUCAUCAAGUGAAAUCUCUGACUCAAUUGACGAAUCUGUUGUAGCUGGCCUCCCGAAGUACGACAAAAUCACUUAUGAAAAAUCUGUAUAUGCGGAAACUUCUCAAGAUGCCUCUUCUGAACCGCAGAUUCCUGUUCCUUCCCCUGCUGAAUUAUGCGUUGAGUUCUCAUCCACCUCCUUAGAAACCAUUUGUUCCCCUCUCAAGCUUUCAUGUGAGUCUGAAACCAGGUCUUUGUUAGAACCAUCCAUAUUUCAAACUCAGCCAUCUGAACAAGUCCCAAUAGCCACGACAGAGAUGGCAGAAGAGAAGGAAGAGACCAUGAUCAAAGCUUCGAAGAAGGAAGUUUUCCUCAAAGGCGAGAACUUGGAGCUUAUGAGUUUGAGGAAGCUUAGGGCACUGUACAAGCAAAUGGUGAACGGACCUAAGACUGAUGAUAAAAAGAGAUCUACGAUGAUCAAACAACAAGAUUUAGAGUGCCUGAGCCGCAGCAAACCCGAUUCAAACUACAAGCAGAAGUUGAAUGAUGAUAUAACGAAGUCGGAGAAGAAGAGAUCUGUGAUCAAACAACAACAAGAUUUAGAGUGUCUGAGCCGCAGCAAACUCCAUUCAAACAACAAGCAGAAGUUGAAUGACGAAUUCUUAAAGUCUGAGAGGAAGAGAAGAGCUCCGCUGAAGAAUCUGAAUUACAAGAUUCAAUUUUGAUAUGUGCG